UACCUGCCCAUUCAUUGUGAUUGUGGCAAGAAGCGAGGAUAGUGCAGUUUGUGCAUAGGACGCUCUCGCUUUUGAAAUAUUUUAUUAUAAGUGCGGGAGUUAACAUCUGAAGAGUUACAGUGCUUAAAACAGUAAUAUCAGAAAAUCCGAAACGGGUUAAAAGUUGCUUCUGCUCAGUUUUAAAUAAAGCGAUAUAGUCACAAUCACAAGAAAUUCAUUGACGAUAUAAAAGGAGCAAAAAAGAUUUGAAUUGAAUUAUACCGAAGAUCUCGUUAUUUGCGUGAAGCAGCGUAGCUAAAGCUGGAACAGCUCCAAACUGGAGAAACAAAAUCGUGUGAAAUUGAUUCGCGACAAAAUGGUCCUGGCUGAGAGAAAUUCUGAAUUAGUGCGGAAUGGGAGAAGAUCGCGCGGUCCUAGUCCGAAUGGACAUGGUGGUGGCGUAGCUGGAGGUGGUACAGUAAGCGGAAGCUCUAACAUUGGGAGCGGUGGAGGUGCUGGUGGUGCCGCAACUCCAGAAACGAGUUCCGAUGAUGAUAAUUCAAUAAAGCGCAACGGAAAGUCCAAAACUAAGCAAAGCGAAUAUGAGGAGAAAAUUCGUGUUGGUCGUGACUACCAGGCUGUAUGUCCACCACUAGUUCCAGAAAACGAACGUAAACCAGAAGGACUAAAUGAUCGUGCGCUUUUAGUUUGGUCACCUACCAGAGAGAUUCCAGACGCCAAGCUGGAAGAAUAUAUAUCAGUGGCUAAAGAGAAAUACGGUUAUAAUGGUGAACAAGCAUUGGGCAUGUUGUUUUGGCACAAACAUGACUUAGAACGUGCCGUAAUGGAUUUAGCAAAUUUUACACCCUUCCCCGAUGAGUGGACUGUGGAGGACAAAGUGUUAUUUGAUCAAGCAUUUCAAUUUCACGGAAAGAGCUUUCAUCGGAUUCGGCAAAUGUUGCCGGACAAAUCCAUUGCCAGUUUGGUGAAAUAUUAUUACUCGUGGAAAAAGACGCGCCACAGACAAAGCGUAAUGGAUCGGCAAGAGAAGGCAAAAGCCAGUAAAGAAGGCUCGGAAAAUGGGAGUGAAAACGGCAGCAAUGACGAAUCUGACACAGAUGAAAAGGAUCAAGCAUUGGCCUCAACUUCUGGGUUGCAAGAUCAAACGAAAGUAGGCGGCAGCGGUGUUGGUGGUGUGGGCACACCUGCCGACUUACCAAACAAAUUAAAUAAGUCAAGCGAGAUCGGUGGUGCUACUGGUGGUAGCAGCGGUGGCGGUGGCGAAGCUGACAGUGAGAACAUAACUGCCUCUGCUUCGUUGAAUGUGAUAGCCACAGGACGCGACAGUGGCUUAGUUGCCAAUGUUGGUAUUGUGCCCGGUGGUAUCAAGCAUCAACGCCAACAGACGCCGCCCAACACGACGAAUACGGAUUCGUCGUGUUCAAAUGCAGACUCAACGGGUUUGAGUGGUUGUUGCACGAAUUGUGGAGUACCAUGUAGUGUGCUAAAUGCAUCGCCGCACGGUAAACUGUGCUCAAGUUGCCACCAUCAUUGGAGGCGUACCGGAAAUAAACGUCCUACUUCCGGUCCAUACUUUGGUAAACGGUCACGCGAUCGCAAUGCUGAAAGGCACAAACGAAAACCACCGCGCGGCAUGUACAUCAAUCAUGACGACAUUGUGGCACUGGCCAGAGCCAACGACAAUCAAGACGAACUGCUCUCCAAUACAGAUAGAGAAAUCGUUUCAUUAUUGAGUCAAGUUCAGCUAAAUAAACAAAAUAUAUCUGCUUUAAAGCGUAAGAUCUCAGAAGGAUUAGAAGAUAUGCGUCCAACUGAAAACACCAAUCGUAUCAACUCACGUUGGUCUAACGAUGAAGCUUUGCUCGUUGUGCAGGGUGUACGAAAAUAUGGCAAGGAUUUCCAAACAAUAGCCGAAACGAUUGGCACGAAGACAGAGGCUCACGUACGCACUUUCUUCGUUAGCAACCGUCGACGUUAUAAUUUGGAUCAAGAACUAAAGAAGUAUGAGGCAGAGAAGGAGGAUGCAGCAACGGCUGCCACCGCUUCCGCCGCUGCCAUUGAAACCAACUCAAACAACAAGAAGGACGAUUUGAAAAAGAGAGAAAUCUCUGCAACAACUGCCGCAAGUGGUGCCGGCGCCGGUGGCGUUUUGUCUGUCAUAGCUGAUGAAUCAGAUAAUACAACCUCAAGCGAAACAACUGUAUCGAAAUCUGCCAAUGAUGAAGCCAAGUAUACUAGCAGCAAUACUAAUUUACAAAAGGAUAAUGUUAUAAUGGAGAUUGACUUAGAUGCUGACCAAACGGAUAUACCUCCACCAGCCAAGAAGUUUGCGCUUCAUGUUAGCGGUCAAGAAUUUCCUAAAGCGAGUGCAAAUUAAACGAUCAGUUUGUGGAGUCACUUUUCGUAACUAGAAAGUGCAGUGUGCAAGCUGUAGGAGGAGAGGAGAGAAGACAAAGGGAGAGCCUUUUUAAUGCAACACAAUGCAUGCGUUUGACACGCCUUAAUAUGAUACAUGCAUUACAUAUAAAUAUUAACUAAUUGACGAUCCAUCCUGUUAUCCUCAUAGAACAAGGCAGGAGAUACUGGAGUUUCAGUAUCGUUAGAAAAAUAGCAAACUACUAAUAUAAUAUUACAGUGGGAUAAACAAACAAACAACAACGCGGUCGAAAAAUUACUUUGACACUUAGAAUGUGGGGUUUACAAUUUUAAGAUGCUUGUUUACUUGAUAAGUAGCUUUAGUUCAUUUGAUAUAUAAACUUACACUCGAUUAAAUAAUGAGUUGAAACGUAUAUAGCCGUCAAAUAUUAACGACAGAUUACAUAAAAUAUUUAAAUUAAGAAUUAUUGUAGAAACCGCGUUAUGGAUAUAGUUAGCAUUUCUGCUCUGUAUUUAAUGGGGACUUGCCCGGUGUCAAAUGCAGCCAAAUUUUGCUUAUGCAAUACAUAAACAGAAUGGAGAAAGAGAACAAAUAUGGGCAGCAAGUUGGGGUCACCUUAAUUUAGUAAUCAUAAGAUCAAAUAACACAUUUUCUGAUCUGUUGGAGUUUCUUUUAUAAUUUCUUCAAACGAUAACACUGUAACACCAUUUGGUGGAGAUAUGUCGUAUUUUUCUUUUGAUUUGACUAAAAACUUUGAAAUAAAAUAUAAAUAUAUUCCAUGAAAAAUGAUAAGAAAUUAUUUGCGGUACGUUUCAGAGUUUUCUCAAUAAAUAAUUUUUGUUUGUUUUUCUUAUCAACUUGCUCAUCGAAUAUGAAGAUUUAUUUAUUUAUUUCUUAUGAUGGCAUCCCCUCGCUCAUCCUUGUUGAAUAUACUCCAGCAAAAACAAUUUGGCAGAAAAAACUUUGUUCUAUAAAUUAUAUUCGCCUAUGAAAUUUGAGAAAAUGUAAGAUAUACCAAGCGUUUGAUUAAAACAUUCUUAUUGCGAUCACAAACAAUACGGAUCGCAGUUUAAUUAUCUCUUGGCUAUUUUAGUCGUACCGUGUGUCAUAAAUAAUUUGUACAAACAAAUUUUAUUAUAUGCUACUUGCAAGUGUACUGCAAAUAAAUUUAUUAAAACCGA